AAAGGUAACACGGCUUUACAUGAUUGUGCUGAAUCUGGCAGUUUAGAGAUCUUGAAGAUGCUGCUGAAGUUUGGAGCCACCAUGGAGAAGGACGGUUACGGCAUGACCCCGUUGCUCUCCGCUAGCGUGACGGGACACACCAAUAUUGUGGAUUUCCUCACACAACAUCCUCAAACAAAUAAAAAGGAGCGCAUUAAUGCUCUGGAGCUGUUGGGAGCCACUUUUGUGGAUAAGAAGAGAGAUCUUUUAGGAGCGCUGAAGUACUGGAAGAGAGCCAUGGAUCUGCGAUACAGCGAUUCUAACGAUAUACUGUUGAAAGAAGAACCCAAGCAGCUCACCAUGGCCUACGAUUACACCAAAGAGGUGAACACGUUUGAGGAGCUGGACGGCUUGAUCGCGGACCCCGAUGACAUGAGAAUGCAGGCCCUGCUGAUUCGGGAGCGCAUUCUCGGCCCGGCGCACCCAGACACAUCCUACUACAUCCGCUACCGGGGUGCCGUGUACGCAGACUCUGGGAAUUUCGAGAGAUGCAUCAAAUUGUGGAAGUAUGCUCUUGACAUGCAGCAGAGAAACUUGGACCCUCUCAGUCCCAUGACGGCCAGCAGUCUGUUGUCUUUCGCCGAACUUUUCUCCUUCAUGCUGCAGGACCGAGCCAAAGGUCUGCUGGGAACCUCGGUGUCCUUCGACGACCUGAUGGAGAUCCUUGGGAAGAGCGUUCUGGAGAUCGAGCGCGCCGUCAAGCAGACGCAGCCCGGUCCGGAUCCGGUUCAACUCAGCAAAGUUCUGUCCAUCAUCCUGCACCUCAUCUGUCUGCUGGAGAAGGUCCAGUGUACGCUGGAGCAGGAACACUUCAUGAAAGAGACCAUCUACAAGUUCCUGAAGCUGCAGCCCUGCGGGAAGAACGGCUACAGUCCUCUGCAUCUGGCCGUGGACCGGAACACCACGUGCGUGGGCCGCUAUCCCGUUUGCAAGUUCCCCUCCUUCCAGGUGACGUCCAUCCUGUUGGAGUGCGGCGCCGACGUGAACAGUCGAGAUGAAGACAACAACAGCCCGCUGCAUGUCGCCGCGUCCAAUAACCACCCCGACAUCAUGAACCUGCUGAUUUCCCGCGGCACUCACUUCGACAGCACCAACUCCCUCAAACAGACGCCGUGUGACCUGCUGGACGAGAAGGAGCUGGCCAAGAACCUCAUCCAGCCCAUCAAUCACACCACGCUGCAGUGUCUGGCUGCUCGAGUCAUCAUCAAACACAGUCUGAUGUUCAGAGGAAACAUCCCAGAGAAACUGGAGGCCUUUGUGCUGCUGCACAGAUAGUGAUGAACUUCCUGUGCUGGAGAAGAUGGCAUGCACAACAGGGUCCUACCAUCUUUGCUUGGAUUACUGUUACACUUCCUCUUGUGUCUUGACCGGUUUCUGCUUUGCUUUGAAUGAAGAUCUGUAUGCAGAGACGGUAGGACACGCCUGGUUUUGUUAUGACCGUACGGUUGUGUAUGUUUACGGUUCUGCCCUCACUGGAUCAUUGUGUUGAGUGGAACGGGUCGCCGUCAUUACUCUCCUCAAACAUUGUGAUGUGCUUCAUGUUUGCAGAUACCAUAAGUGCUUUUAUUCUUCUAUGCACAGGCUGUGAUAUCGGGACUGUUCUGUCUUACUGCAUUCUGUGCCUGCCUGUUUUUUACGUUCAUCUUUCUCCUCAUUUCUUACACUGAACUGAUCAUGAUGCGUUAAACCAUCUCAUGAGGGAUCAGGCAUGAGGAAGUCUGCUCUCGAGAUCUCUCCAUCAAGGAAACACAGGUUGGUCUGCCUCCACAUGUUCAGCUGCACAGCAUGUAGUCGAUCAGAGGCGAUAUGAACUCUGCUUCAAGUUUAUUUUUAGUCGAUCUGGCUCGUGUGAGAUGAUGAUGACGAUUAUAUUUCCUCUCUGGAAUCUGCAGCUCUGUGUGGUUCAGUUUGAACUCAAGGGCUCUGGAUUGUUUUACUCAUUGAAACAUGUACAGUCAAAGGACUUGCACUUUAUUGCAGUUAGAUUUGAUAUUCAUAUUACACUAUAAUGCUUGUUGAUGUUCUUGGAUCAUAAUUGACAAUAAACCAUGUUGCACUU